UGACACACGGCAGGUAAAAAAAUCGCACCCCCCUCGAGAAACUCUUGCAAAACCAGCGCGAUCGAAAAAGUGCACCCCGUACGUGUUCCGCUGUCGGGAAUCCGUUUCUCUCCGUACACCGUUGGCCGCUGUUGCUCCCGCUGAACAUACGCCCGCCCCGCCCCGACAAUGCUGACGAAUCUGGCCAAGCUGUCCGCCAUCCGCGGAGUGUCCCAGUCCGUCACCAACGGGCUGAAACCCGCCGUCGUCGGUGCCGCGAAGACCGAAGGCAAGUCUGCGGUUGCUGCGGGUCCGAUCCCGGUCGUGUCCGCUGCGGGCCUGCCAAGCAACAACGUGCGGGUGGUGUCUGGCGUCACAGGAGCAACACAGAUCCGCUGCGCCCACACCGACAUCCGUGUGCCGGACUUCUCGGACUACCGUCGCGACCAGGUCAAGCGCCCGAACGCGAAGAACGACAGUGCCGAUGAUCGUGCCGCCUUCACGUACCUGCUGGUCGGUGGUGCCGCCGUCUCGACGGCGUACGUCGCCAAGUCGCUGGUGUCGACGUUCGUGUCGUCGAUGAGCGCGUCGGCCGACGUGUUGGCCAUGUCCAAGAUCGAGAUCAAGCUGGCCGACAUCCCGGAGGGCAAGUCGAUGACGUUCAAGUGGCGCGGCAAGCCCCUGUUCAUCCGUCACCGUACCUCGGCGGAGAUCGAAGCGGAACAAUCCGUGGCCGUCGCUACCCUCCGCGAUCCUCAGAAUGAUGCUGAGCGCGUCCAGAAGCCGGAAUGGCUCGUCGUUAUCGGCGUGUGCACGCAUCUGGGCUGUGUCCCGAUCGCCAACGCCGGUGACUUCGGUGGCUACUACUGUCCGUGCCACGGUUCCCACUACGACGCGUCCGGCCGCAUCCGCAAGGGUCCGGCUCCGCUGAACCUAGAGGUGCCGCACUACGAGUUCCCGGAGGAUGGUCUCCUUAUUGUCGGUUAGAGACCUUUGGUACCACCCUCCCCGUUCCGUUCCACCGUACAACGGUACACCAACAAUCCCGCGCUCAGCUAAAGUAGUGAAGAAUGUAUCAAUCGCAGCAAGCCGCACGCUGAAUGAUUAUCAUCUUUUGUUCGGCUCAACCAAUUUCGACGAUGCCUCCUCCUCCACCUCCGGAUUGUGUCACUAUGCGCGUGUGUAAGUAUUUGCAUAUUCAAUCCGACUAUCCGACCAAUCCAACAUUAAAAAAAACCCAGAUUGGCAAGAGGCAACCCCCCAACCAACAGCAGGAGGCAACAGCAAAGCAACCAAAACCCGAACCUACCGCUAACUAGUAGAACAAUUACAGCACCAGACUGGGUAAUAAAUUGAUUGGUAAAACGUUA